AUGGGCUAUAGCCCUUAUAUAAAAAGGGUUAGCCUUCUUGUUCAAAAGCGUCUUGCUGCUUCAGUCCUCAAGUGUGGUCAAAGAAAGAUUUGGCUUGAUCCCAAUGAAGUCAAUGAAAUCUCCAAUGCCAACUCUCGUGCCAACAUCCGUAAGCUUGUCAAGGAUGGUUUGAUUAUCCGCAAGCCUGAAAUCUCUCAAUCUCGCUUCCGUGUCCUUGAACGUGCUGCUGCCAAGCGUAAUGGUCGCCAUAUGGGUUACGGUAAGAGAAAGGGUACUGCAGAUGCCCGUAUGCGCACCCAAGUUAUCUGGAUGCGCCGUAUGCGUGUCCUCCGUCGUUUGCUUGCCAAGUACAGAGAAGCUGGUAAGAUUGACAAGCACUUGUACCACUCUCUUUACCUUAAGUCUAAGGGUAACGGUUUCAAGAACAAGCGUGUCUUGAUGGAACACAUCCACAAGGCUAAGGCUGAAAAGGUCCGUGCUAAGACUCUCGCUGAACAAGCUGAUGUUCUCCGUGCCAAGAACAAGGCUCUUCGUGAACGCCGUGCCAACAAGAAAACUGCUAAGGCUGAAUAAGUCAUUAAAACAUUUAAAUUCAGGGGCAUUUAGAGUGUGACAACCAGAUAUUAAAUAAAAUAAAAUAAAAAAGAGAAGUCCGAGAA